GUCGAUGGCAUCGGAACAAAAAUCCGCUGCGGUCCCGCUCUCUCCCCGACCGUUGGUAUUCUUCACUCUCUCUCUCUCCCCUGAUUCAUAGCAGAGAGAGAGAGAGAUGGGAGCGGAGAAGACGAGCAGCAACUCUACUCGGGUUCCUCCGUCGCCGAUGUCGUCUCCUUCUUCUUCUUUUUGGUCUCGUUGGGUUUCUAAUUUCUUCACCUCUGCUCUCAGAGUGAAGGCAUUGCCUUCCUCUGCUUCCAACGCCCCCUCCGGCGACGCCCUUGACCGCCGACUCGGCCUCCUCGACCUAGUCCUCCUCGGUCUCGGCUCCUCCAUCGGCGCCGGUAUCUUCGUCGUCACUGGCACCGUCGCUCGCGACGCCGGCCCCGGCGUUACAAUUAGUUUCAUACUUGCGGGACUUUCUUGUGUGCCAAAUGCACUUUGUUAUGCUGAGCUUGCUUCUCGCUUUCCUGCUGUUGGAGGAGCAUAUUUAUAUGCAUACACAGCUUUUAAUGAGCUCACUGCCUUGCUUGUUUUUGUACAAAUGAUGUUUGACUACCAUAUUGCUAUGGCUAGUGUAGCCCGAAGUAUAGCAAGCUAUGUGAAUGUUAUAUUAGAGCUUUUCCCAUUUUUCAAGGAAAACAUUCCAAGAUGGAUUGGACAUGGCGGUGCAGAUUUUUUUGGAGGAAUUCUAUCUAUCAACAUAUGUGCUCCGAUUCUCAUAGCACUACUGACAAUUAUUCUUUGCCGUGGUGUUGGAGAAUCUCUUGCUUUGAAUUCAUUUAUGACAGCAAUGAAGGUAAUCAUUGUUCUUUUCAUCAUUACUGUUGGUUCUUUUGAGGUUGAUGUUUCAAAUUGGUCUCCAUUUGCUCCAAAUGGUUUUAGAGCUAUAUUGACUGGAACAACUGUGGUAUUUUUUGCAUAUGUUGGAUUUGAUGCUGUUGCCAAUUCAGCUGAAGAAUCGAGAAGACCACAGCGUGAUUUACCUAUAGGCAUCCUGGGAAGUCUUCUUAUUUGCAUUGCAUUAUAUGUUGGAGUUUGUUUGGUGGUUACUGGAAUGGUACCUUAUAUGUUGCUUGGGGAAGAUGCCCCUUUGGCUGAAGCUUUUACAUCCAAAGGCUUGAAAUAUGUUUCUGUCAUGAUCAGCAUAGGUGCUGUUGCUGGACUGACAACAACUCUUCUCAUUGGUCUUUAUGUUAAGUCUCGGGUAUAUCUUGGGCUUGGAAGGGAUGGUUUACUGCCUUCUAUAUUGGCUGAAAUACACCCAAUGCGCCGCACUCCCACUUAUUCUCAGGUCUGGGUUGGUAUUGUUACUGGUGUCUUGGCCGCGCUAUUUAAUGUGCACGUGCUCGUUCACAUACUGUCAGUUGGCUCAUUGACAGGCUAUUCUGUUGUUUCAGCAUGUGUGGUGACCCUUCGCUGGAAGGAUACAAGUGUCAGUCAAGUUUCUGCAGGGUGGUUUUCAGCCUGGCGAGAAGGAGUUGCUUGCCUCAUCAUAAUUGCCUGUUGUGGUUUCAGUGCUGGACUAUUCUGGCGUAUCAAUGCUUCAUCUUUUUUUCUGCUCGGAUCUGUAAUUGUAGCCAUAAUUGCUUCUAUUGCUCUUUGUUGCCGCCAUGUAUAUGCAGAUCCACCAGGAUUUUAUUGUCCGGGAGUUCCCAUUGUGCCGGCUGUUUGCAUCUUCUGUAAUAUCUUCUUGUUUGCUCAGUUACACUAUGAAGCAUGGGUGAGAUUUAUUGUCCUCAACAUUAUUGCAAUUGGCAUCUAUGCAUUUUAUGGGCAGUAUCAUUCGAACUCCCAAAUUUCAGAUGAGUCAAUUUUUUAUCAUAGGGCACCUGCAGGAGAAGCUCGAUAGUUCUCAUGGGCAGCUCUCUGUUGUAUCAAUUGUAUCAUACACAGGGUGUUUAUUUGUCAAAUUACUAGGGUAGAGACGCCUAUUAUUCUAUUUCUUAUUCAAAAAUGAACAUCGUUCUGUCUAUUUGAAGAUCGUUAAUAAUGGAAAUGUGAAUAUGUUGUGUAUGCUUGCAUUUAUUUAUGUAUGAAAGUAAAAUUCACACCAA